UCAGACUCUGGUAUUCUCUGUCGAUACAAUUCCCGUUCACGAUCGAAGACCGGAGCAAAGGAGGCGGAAGCAGCUGAAGGGAAUCGUUGCCUGUGGGCAUAUUCAAACACAACAUGGCAGGACAACCGAUGCAGCUCGAUCUGAGCAAUGCUCAAAUCACCCAAGACGAGUCCGGCCGACCCUUCAUCAUUGUCCGCGAUCAGGGCAAAAAGAAGCGUACGCAUGGCACCGAAGCCGUCAAACAACAUAUCCAAGCAGCUCGCGCCGUAUCCUCCAUCGUCAAAACCUCCCUAGGACCUCGCGGUCUCGACAAGAUCCUGAUCUCCCCCGAUGGCGAUAUCACAGUAACGAACGAUGGCGCAACGAUCCUGGGACAAAUGGAGAUCAGCAACCACAUUGCAAAGCUCCUCGUCUCACUCUCACAAUCACAAGAUGCGGAAAUUGGUGAUGGAACAACAGGCGUGGUGGUUUUGGCUGGUGCGUUAUUGGAGCAGGCUGCGGAGCUUAUCGACAAGGGCAUCCACCCUAUUCGGAUAGCAGACGGGUAUGAUGCUGCAUGUGAGGUGGCUGUGGCUGCGCUGGAUGAGAUCUCGGAUGUCAUCGACUUCACAAAAGACUCCAACGAGAACCUGUUCAAGGUCGCCAAGACAUCUCUCGGCAGCAAGAUCGUCUCAAAGGCACACGACCAGUUCGCGCAGAUCGCUGUGGAUGCUGUACUAUCCGUGGCGGAUCUCGAGAGGAAAGAUGUCGAUUUUGAGCUCAUCAAGGUCGAUGGAAAGGUCGGAGGAUCACUCGAAGACACGCUCCUCGUCAAGGGAGUGAUCGUGGACAAGGACUUCUCUCACCCUCAGAUGCCGUCCGAAGUCAAGGACGCCAAACUCGCAAUUCUCACAUGUGCCUUUGAGCCUCCGAAACCCAAGACCAAGCACAAGCUCGACAUCACCUCCGUCUCGGAAUUCAAAGAACUUCAGAAGUACGAACAGGCCAAAUUCGCCGAAAUGAUCCAACAAAUCAAAGACACAGGCGCCAACGUCGUCAUCUGCCAGUGGGGAUUCGACGAUGAAGCCAACCAUCUCCUCCUCACCAACGAGCUGCCUGCAGUCCGAUGGGUCGGCGGUCCUGAAAUCGAGCUCAUCGCCAUCGCCACCAAUGGCCGCAUCGUGCCACGUUUCGAGGACCUGUCCGCAGCAAAGCUCGGCAAGGCAGGAAUUGUCAGAGAGAUGUCCUUCGGCACCACUCGCGAGAAGAUGCUCGUCAUUGAGGAGUGUGCAAACUCCCGCGCGGUGACAUGCUUCAUCCGCGGCUCCAACAAGAUGAUCAUCGACGAGGCGAAACGCUCCCUACACGAUGCUUUGUGUGUCGUUCGCAACUUGGUCAAAGACAACCGUAUUGUGUACGGAGGAGGCGCCGCUGAAAUUGCAUGCUCUCUCGCCGUUGAGAAGGCCGCGCUCGAGACCGCCGGUCUCGAACAAUACUCCAUGCGCGCUUUCGCAGACGCUCUGGAUGCAGUUCCCAUGGCAUUAGCCGAGAACAGUGGACUGUCGCCGAUUGAAACACUAUCGGAUCUGAAGGCGAGACAGGGCAAGGGUGAAGGCAGAGGAAGACUGGGUGUCGACUGCAUGCAGACUGGAAGCAACGACAUGAAGAAGCACUUUGUCAUUGAUCCGCUGAUCAGCAAGAGGCAACAAUUGCUGCUGGCAACGCAGCUCUGUCGGAUGGUGUUGAAGGUCAAUAAUGUCAUCGUGGCAGGGUCUGAUGACAAUGACUUUUAG